CAUUGAAUGUGCUCCCAAGACGUAAACUUGAAAACAGUAGCAUGUAACUUAAAUCUUAUCAACAGUCAAGAUGAAGCCGCAAUUACACUGGUUCUUUGUCUGCAGUAUUAUACUCCUCAACACCCUCCAGUGUGAUGGAAUUGGCUUUACAUUCGGGUUUUCAGCUGCAGCAGCCGCCGGAGCUGCCUUGUAUGCGGGACUUAACAAAUUGGGCUGUCACUUCUACGAGUGUUGUGAUCCAAGGGCUGAUUGGAUCAAAUUUAAUGCUACAGCAUUGGCUCUAGACUUUCAACACCAUCUCUACGGGCAGCACCUGGUGAAAGAUGUUGUUAUGAAAGCACUGAAAGGACAUCUCUCCCAGAAUAAUCCAAGCAAGGCCUUGGUGAUGAGCUUUCAUGGAUGGACAGGAGGAGGAAAGAACUAUGUUGCACGGUUUAUUGCUGAAAACAUAUACAAGCUGGGCAUGAGAAGCAAUUAUGUCCACCUUUUUGUUAGUACUAUUCACUUCCCUCAUGAACAACAGAGUGACAUCUAUAAGCUUCACCUUCAGGACUGGAUAAGAGGGAAUGUAAGCCAAUGUGAGAGAUCACUCUUUGUUUUUGAUGAAAUAGACAAGAUGCCUCUCGGGAUGAUAGAUGCAAUAAAGCCAUUCAUCGAUUAUCAUGAGAGUAUUGACGGAGUAGAUUUCAGAAAAUCCAUAUUCCUUUUCCUGAGUAACACUGGCGGACCAGAAAUCACAAGAACUAUGCUGAAGAUGUGGCGUAAUGGAGUAAAGCGUGAAGAAAUUACUUUGAAAGACAUGGAAAGCUUGAUAGAGAAGGGAGCUUUCAAUGAAGAUGGUGGCCUUCACCAGAGUGAAUUGAUACAGCAUAGCCUUGUGGAUCACUAUGUGCCCUUCUUACCUCUUGAACGCCGCCACAUUGAGAUGUGUACAGAAGAUGACUUAAAGAGGCGAGGACACACACCAACAAAAGCUAUAAAACAACGUGUAGCAGAUGAAAUGAUGUAUUUUCCUCCAGAGAACAACCUUUUCUCCACUACUGGCUGCAAACGAGUCUCUCAGAAAGUUGGGUACAUUCUUGCGAAUGAUGUUUAUGAUUCUCUUUUUGAUUAAAGAGCUACCAAAAGGAACUGGAUUAUAUGUCACUUUAUUAUGUCUAUGAGGUUGUUAAUAAAGCUUAAGGAAGUAACUAAGCAAAAAAAUAUUGAAAGGGAGAUGCUCUCUGUUUUCUUUAUUUUUACCAAUUCAAUAAAUAGAAUAUUGGUAGUCUGUUAUACACUAUAGUUAAACAAUUUUUUUAACUUUUUUUUUUUUUCACUCUCCUUUUUUUUUAGAAAUGAAACCAAACGUGUUUAUAAGGAUUUAUUUUUUUAUGCAACAACCAGCAGUCUGUGUGGUAGAAGACAUUUCUUGUUUUUCAUACAUGCCUAAGAUAAGCAAGAACAAAUCUAUUUUUAUGUAAAUAUCUUCAGUGGGAUGCUGUUCCUAAAAAUGUGCAGAAUUUUCUGGAGAAAACCUGAGCAAGGCUGAAUUGGUUCUGGCAUUGGUUUUACUGUAUGAUAAUAGGAAAGGGGGCUGAAGGUCCAAUGAGGGAUUUUUAAAUGAUCCUAGUCAUAGUAUCAUAAUAAUGUGCAGCUUUAAGGAAGCCGGUGCCAGGUUAGUAACAAUAUUGGCGUUAUUUUCUCUGUCCUCUCAUUGGAGCAUUGUUUUUAAACAUCAAAUUUGCAUAGCUUGAGGCUCACUGAUGCUCCUUAAAUUUGAGAUAGCUUUUAGAUAAUAUGAUAGCUUUUGUAAAUCGUGAUGCCUUAACAGUGGUUUUAGGUGACAGUUUCUUGAGAGGAAAUAAUUAACCCAUUGAUACCAGGGGUGCUUGUAUACAUGCACUGGUCACUUUGGUUUUGUUUUUUACUAAUUUUGGUUACACAGAUGGCUCGAGAAGUGUUUUAUCACCACAGUCUCCAGCCUUCCGAACUUCACCUCCUUGCCAUUCCAUUAACUUUUUGAAAGUAAGUUUUCUUUCUAUUAUUAUUGUAACUUAUGUUAUAAUAAUAUCAGUGAUAGAGUAAUGUUAGUGAUGAUGAUGAUGAUGAUGAUGAUAACAGUAAUAGAAAUUAAAACUUUUUAUCCCCAAAAAAUUAAGAGUGUGGUAAAGAGGUAAGAUUGGUAGGCUUAGUAAUGAAUCUUGUGUUACUAAAUGGUUAUGAAGCAUUUGUGUAAACAAAGUUAAUGAAGCAAAACCAUGUGGAUAUUGCACAUACCUAGCAAGUGGGUCUUUGUAUUCAAUGAGCUUCACUUAAGUUCUUUGCACAUAAUUGUGCAACAGAGAAAACUCACCUGGCCAAUUGCCAAGCAGAUAUUGUAGUGCUUUGACUGCUCAUGUGCACAAUAUGUGAGGAAUUCCAACAUAAGUUGAUAGAACAAGGUGUCACCUGUGUAUUUUUGGCAAAUAUAUAUGUGUAGUAAUGACAUGUGCAUCAGGUGCCUGCAUAGGACCCUAAAUAAACAAGUACAUAUCUAUCCCAUGCACGAGAGGAUUAAGAGCCAUGCUUUGAUUUUUUUUUUUCUGUUCUUCAAUAAUAUCAUGUAGUUAUACAUUGGUAAUUAUUUAGAAGUCAUUGAUAAUAGAUAUUUUACAUGUGAAGUUUUGUGCAUAAUUAUUAUUUUUAGUAAAUUGUUUAUGAAAUAUUUGUUUGUAUGUGCAAGUGUUUUAGAAAUAUGGGUCCUAAGUUGACAAAUUAUGUUGGUGCAUUUUGGGAUAAAAGAGAGUAUAUGUAUAUAUGGGUCUAAACUUAUUAGACACUACACAUAUAUAAUGAUGUUUGCACUAGUCAUUUUUGUACUUUCAUUUUCAUGCAGCCAUUAUCCUAAUACCUGAUUGGUAUAUAAAAGCCUAUUUUAGUAGGUUUCUUAUUCCAAGAAUAUGUUUGCUGAUAUUUAAUGUGUUCACUCUGUUGAUAUAUGCUGUAUUUGAUAUUGAAGUUAUAAACAAAAUUCUUAAAUUGUAGUUUAUCUUUGCAAUUGUUAUCUGUACGUUACAGAAAAUGGGUAUUAAUAAACAAUACAAAUGAAUGCUCAAAA